AUGGCAAAGAAGGUCUUUGCCAUCAGUAUACAGAAAGCUGACAGUAAAGAAACAGCUGACGGCAAAGAGCGCAGGCUGCCUGACACUUUUAUGAAGAUGCUAGACAACCAUCGGCUAAAGAAUGUGAAGCUGCGACAAGCCUGCAGCGGGCUUCGCAGGCAUUGGGAUGUGGAGUUGGUGAUCAGGUACAACCACAUGUACCUGUGUCGUGGCUGGGAGCAGUUCUACUAUGCCUACGACCUGCGGCACGGGUACUUCCUUCUCUUCAAGUACGACGGCGACGCCAUGCUCACCAUGAAGGUGUUCAACACGACUAUGUGUCGCAUGCGCCACAUGGACGAUGAUGAUGCCAGCAAUGGGAGCAGCACCAGCGACUCUGGCUAUAGCCAAAGCAGCAGCGACUCUGGCUGCAGCAAAAGCAACAGCGAGGAUGAUCCGGAAUGGAGUGGGGAAGAAGAGGAGCAGAGUGGGGAUGAGGAGGUGCAGGCUGACGAUGGGUUUGCUCAAUAA